AUGGCCAACAAGAAAAGAUCGGACCAUCACGAAGAAAUUUAUCGCGGAUUAAAAGGAUCUUUUGGGGUGGUCAUGUAUGAAAAGAAGUUUCCUUCUGUAAGUCGCAAGCAUCGUAUCAACGCACCGGCAAGAAAGGGGUACAUGUCAGCGUUCCGACAGCUGAGAACACUACACCACCCGUUGGUCACGACCGCCGUCCAGAAGAAGGUGGCGCAGGGCGGGGUUCUUGCUAGAUUCAAGCCGCCAGGAAAAUCAACGAGCUACAGGCUGAGGGAACGAAAACAGGCAGAGAAGCAAACGAUUCACGGUGAACUGCGGGUUCUCCUAAGUUCAGCGGCGGACUGGCCUACCACAAAGUCACGGUACUGUGCCAGUGUGAGCCAAGAGGGAACAGCACACAAUCUUCUGGAGAAGGUUCUGAGUCUCAAUCUCCUUCGGUAUUCCGUACUUUGUCCUGAACAAAAUCGAAGAAUAGUCAGGAUCGGCGAAAUCCUCUCGACAGCAUGCGAAUGCCAAGUGUGGUUCAAUAAUACCUUCGCCAAACCAUUCCAUAAUCAUAAUCCCAUCACACAUAGACGGACGGACAAUGUCACACUCAAGAACACCAUCGACGACGAGUCGAUCUUAGCGGAUUCGUCCUCGACUGCCUUGCUUGCGGAGAUGACAUGUCGAAACGAUGGCUGCGUACAAUAA